UUCCACCGUAUCUGAUCACUGCCCAUUCAUAUAGUUCACCGUGCCCAAAAUUUGCCGGGAAGCACGGCCACACCACUCCGACAGUGAUGAAUCCUCCAAACGAAUUCCCCGACGAUUUUUCGUCUUUCCCUCCUAUUCCAUUCGCCCUCUUCGUCCCCCCUGAAAACCCUAACCCUAACCCCAACCCUAAUUCAACCGCAGCUCCGAGUCAGACCUCAGUCGAAGACCCUAGCUCCGCUCAUCUACUCUCAUUCACGGUCCCGAAGAAGCGGAGGCGAGGCAGGCCUCACCGACCUGCGACGUCGUUUCAGGUACCUCAAAUACUCAACGGCGGUUUCAAUAGUAACUCCCUUGCUUCUUCUUCUUCUGGCUCAAUCUCAGCUCAUCAGAUUAGACACAAUGCGGAAAACCCUAGUUCUUCUGCAAAGGCAGGGCCGGAUAUGUCCGACGAGAUCAUUGUGAUCAAUAAGGAGUCCACGGCCGAGGCGUUGAUUGCGCUUUCGGCUGGGUUUCCAGCCGAUUCUCUCACAGAGGAGGAAAUCGAUUUCGGGGUUAUUCGGGUUAUUGGGGGAAUAGAGCAGGUCAAUUACAUUCUCAUUCGGAACCAUAUCAUUGCGAAAUGGCGCGAAAAUGUGUCCAAUUGGGUCACAAAGGAUAUUUUUGUUAACUCUAUACCCAAGCAUUGUCAUGCUCUUUUAGACUCUACUUAUAACUAUCUGGUUUCACAUGGAUAUAUUAAUUUUGGGAUUGCACCGGCCAUUAAAGAGAAGAUUCCCGCGGAGCCUAGUAAGCCGAGUGUGAUUAUCAUUGGUGCUGGGCUUGCUGGUCUUGCUGCUGCUAGGCAAAUGAUGCGUUUUGGGUUUAAAGUGACUGUUUUGGAGGGUAGGAAGCGUGCAGGUGGGCGGGUGUACACUAAGAAAAUGGAGGGAGGAAUUAGGGCAUGUCAAGCAGCGGCGGAUUUAGGGGGUAGUGUUUUGACUGGUACAUUAGGGAACCCACUUGGCAUUGUUGCUCGCCAAUUGGGCUACUCGCUUCAUAAGAUUAGAGACAAGUGCCCGCUUUAUAAUGUGGAGGGGAAACCGGUAGAUCAUGAUAUGGAUAUGAAGGUGGAAAGUGUUUUUAAUCAUCUUUUAGAUAAGGCAAGUAGGCUUAGGCAGUUAAUGGGUGGGGUUUCGGUUGAUGUGUCUCUUGGUUCGGCAUUGGAAACAUUCUGGCAUGUUUCUGGGAAUGCUGUGAAUGCUGAGGAGAUGAACUUGUUCAAUUGGCAUCUUGCGAAUUUGGAAUACGCAAAUGCAGGUUUACUGUCGAAACUUUCGCUUGCAUUUUGGGACCAAGAUGAUCCAUAUGAUAUGGGAGGGGACCAUUGCUUCUUACCUGGUGGUAAUGGAAGGCUGGUGCAGGCUUUGGCAGAGAAUGUGCCGAUCCUAUAUGAGAAAACUGUUCACACCAUAAGGUAUGGUAGUGACGGGGUACAGAUUCUUGCUGGAAGCCAGGUUUUUGAGGGUGAUAUGGUUUUGUGCACUGUUCCGCUUGGUGUUCUGAAGAGUGGGUCCAUCAAGUUUAUUCCUGAGUUGCCUCAGCGAAAGCUUGAUGGAAUUAAGAGGUUGGGGUUUGGUUUGUUGAAUAAGGUUGCAAUGCUUUUUCCUCAUGUGUUUUGGGGCACAGAUCUUGAUACAUUCGGCCAUCUGUCUGAUGAUUCAAGCCGUCGAGGGGAAUUCUUCCUGUUUUACAGCUAUGCAACAGUUGCUGGUGGUCCUCUCUUGCUUGCUUUAGUAGCAGGUGAAGCUGCACAUAAGUUUGAGAGCAUGCCCCCUACGGAUGCUGUGACCCGGGUUCUUCAGAUUCUUAAGGGUAUUUAUGAACCACAAGGAAUUAGUGUCCCAGAGCCCAUCCAAACAGUCUGUACCAGAUGGGGAAGUGACCCCUUCAGCCUCGGUUCUUACUCUAAUGUUGCAGUUGGGGCAUCAGGAGAUGAUUAUGAUAUCUUAGCAGAAAGUGUUGGAGAUGGGCGACUUUUCUUUGCCGGUGAGGCUACCAAUAGGAGAUAUCCUGCAACUAUGCACGGAGCUUUCCUUAGUGGGCUCAGAGAAGCUGCAAAUAUGGCCAACUAUGCUAAUGCUCGAGCUCUGAGGAUAAAGCUUAACAGGAACCCAUCAAAGAAUGCCCAUUCUUGUGCUUCCCUUCUUGCAGAUUUAUUCAGAGAGCCUGAUUUAGAAUUUGGGAGUUUUUCUGUUAUUUUUGGUCGAAGAAAUGCUGAUCCCAAGUCAACAGCAAUUUUAAGGGUGACAUUUAAUGACCCUCGGAAGAAGAGUCAUGACGGUUCAAGACCUGAUCAACAGCACUCAAAUAAGUUACUUUUUCAGCAGCUUCAGUCACAUUUUAAUCAGCAGCAGCAGCUUCAUGUUUACACUUUGUUAUCUAGGCAGCAGGCUCUUGAGCUCCGAGAAGUACGAGGUGGUGAUGAGAUGAGGUUGAAUUACCUCUGUGAAAAGCUUGGAGUGAAGCUUGUGGGGAGAAAGGGUUUGGGGCCUUCAGCUGAUUCUGUAAUUGCCUUAAUAAAAGCUGAGAGGGGCAAUCGUAAACCUGCUUCAACUUUAUCAUCUUUUAAGUCUGGUACAUCGAAGCUGAAACCUGGCACUUUGAAACGAAAAUUGGUCAGAAGGGCUAAAAUAAUGCGCAGCAUUAAUGCGUCUCCCCUUUCUGCUAAUUCAAACUUGGCUAGUAAACUCCCAGAGGAAAAUAAGAACAGUGUUCAAGUAGUCUCCAACACAAUCGGUUCAGGCCAAAACGAUUCUGAGGUGUUGAAGCAAUGAAUAGUGCCUGCUGGGAGCAGUGUCUUCCUUUUUUAGCCAUGAGAUUUAUUCUUGGCUGGUUGAGCCCAAGGGAAUUGGCCCUUUUGGGGCAUGCUUUGCCCAAUUGAUGGGACUGUUCCUCUUGACCUUUGACUCUGUACAAAUGGCCACCACGAAUUUUCUGCUGCCAGCCUUGUUAGAGCUAGUUUGUGCCGAGUCACACCUCCCUUCUCAGUUCUGAAGAAAUUUGUCCGACUUGUUGGCUUCUACACUGGUCAAGGACCAAUGGAAACCAAAUAAGUACAUUGAGCAAGAGCAACUGCGUUCUCUGCCAUCUUUCAAGAUCCCCAUCAUCGAAUUGAAAGGAGAUGAUGAUCCCGGUAAACAUGUUUGGCUAGGAUGAGGACAACUUCAGGUGAAACUCAUGAACAGUCUAUGACACUGUUGCCAAGUGGCUUGUAGAAGUGGGUGCUGCCCAUUGCCGAGUAGUCUAUCAAUGCAUGAGAUCCCAAUGUUCACUGAUAGAAUGAUAGUGUAGCUGGGAUCCUUUUUCCAAGUGUACGACUUGUGCAAUUAGAGGUGGAGCUAAUGUGUUCAGUGAGGUCCCAGUGUUCACUGAUUGUAGCUGUUGGUCUUUUACUACUAAAUUACAAAAACUAUAAAAGUGAACAUGGUUGUAAUUUUACUUAUACCUUUAUGAUCAGAUUUUAUAGUUAUAUCA